AUGCAAUAUUUACUCCCUAAACAUUUUGAGGAUGUUAAAGAAGGCUUACCAGGUAUUGCACUGCAAAAGUUAUCUGAACUUGCAUCAAUAGACCACUUAAAAUUAGUUACUGAGCUUCGUCAUUUCACAACUAUUUACUAUGAUAUUGUUGGACCUUUGAACAUGAAAACGAAACGUAUAUACAGUGAAGUUGAAAAUGGUGAAAACAUUCAAAAUUAUGAAAAUUAUGAAAAUGUUUCAUUCGAAUGGAACGAAUUUAAUAUUCAUUUGGAAAAUAAUGAAUCAUCAAAAUCAAAUCAUGACCGUUCUAAAUGUUUGAUCUGCGUUCAAAAACUACUCUACUCGUUAAAUAUGCAUUCUACUGCUUACACAAAUUUAUAUGCUGCAUAUGAAUUUGUUUUAAGUUUAUCAGUGAGUCAAGUUAACUGUGAACGUGCUUUUAGCACUCGGAAAAUUAUAAAAAAUCGGUUACGUUCCUCAUUGAACCAAGAACGAUUAGAGGCCUUUAUGAUGAUGUCGGCAGAAAAACAAGUUUUGGAAGAGGUUGAUUUCCAAGAUGUCUUAGAAAUCAUAAAAAAUUCUUCAUCGCUUUUAUUAAAACUUUUAUCUUGA